UAGAAGUCAUUCUGGUCUGGCUGGAAAAAACCUUCCGUUGCCAGGAAGAUGAGUGCAGAAAACAUCAAGAAACAUGCAGUUGCAUAAGACCAAGCACAUUUUUUUCAAAGGGGCAGAGACAGUUCUCCACCAAGCACAAUAAAUACAGGUGAGGCUGUCCAGUCACCAUCAUUGCUUGGACGGGAUCUUCCAAAACCAUGCUCCACUUCCAACUCAGCACCACACUGUUGGCCCUAAUCCUCUUUCGUAGAAGUCAUUCUGGUCUGGCUGGAAAAAAACCUUCCGUUGCCAGGAAGAUGAGUGCAGAAAACAUCAAGAAACAUGCAGUUGCAUAAGACCAAGCACUUUUUUUUCGAAGGGGCAGAGACAGUUCUCCACCAAGCACAAUAAAUACAGGUGAGGCUGUCCCGUCACCAUCAUUGCUUGGACGGGAUCUUCCAAAACCAUGCUCCACUUCCAACUCAGCACCACACUGUUGCUGGCAACAAUAUGUUUGUUCCAGACAACAGUCUCCAUAGAGACAGUCAUCACCUGUGACAAUGGCAGUAUUGUCCAACGCUUGAGCUGCGAUACCGGAGUGGUCCGUGUUGACGCAGCUCUGUACGGACGUUCAAACCAGGAGACCUGCAGUGCGGGCCGACCUCCACAACAACUUGCCAAUACAGGCUGUUCUCAAAUGGGCACUGUGAAUGUCUUGAAGAAUAGGUGUGAUGGCAAGAAGGUGUGUGAGAUAAACACAAAUAUCGUCCAUACCUCUGACCCCUGCUAUGGAAUCUACAAAUAUCUGGAGACCAGCUACACCUGUGUCCCAGCAAUUCGUGUUGUUGCAUGUGAGGGGUCCUCGGCACGUUUGUCCUGUGAUGUUGGGCAGGUGAUAUUGGUGAUAGGAGCUGACUACGGACGCCAUGACCAGACUACCUGCUCCUACAAACGGACUGAAACUCAACUUAGGAAUGUUGACUGCUCCGGGCCCACUAGCAAGGUUGCUGACAGCUGUAAUGGGAAAAACAGCUGUACUGUCGAUGCAAGCAACAAUGUGCAUGGAGACACAUGUGUAGGCACUUUCAAGUACCUGGGGGUGGCUUACCUGUGUGAAUCUUCCCCGAUGGAUAAGCAGAGAAGAGAUGAGGACCCUGUCAAGCCCAUUCCUCGACCCAGUACUACUCCCAGUCCAUCACCUGAAAGGGAGAGCAUAAGACCAAGGCCACAGGGCAGAACACGACGGAACAGUAUUCAGGUGAGCACCAAUCGCAGAGUCUCCAACAUCGACUCCGAAAAGCUGGAGAGACGAUUCAAGACGCUCAACUUCAUCGUUGAGAGGCGGUGGACUAGUGGCAGAAACUUGGACUAUGUGCAGAAAAGAUCUCUGGUUCGUCUUUGCGGGACUAGGGCCGGAGGGGCAGCCGGACGCUCGGGCCGAGCGUCGUCUCAGUCGCUGUCAUCGUCUCUCGGCUCGGCGGCGGCUGCGGCGGCCGCGGCCACUUUCACGGCCUUCACGACCGCGGCGGACGCCUCGUCCAGGACGACGACCGGUUUGCCGUCCGCGCGGUCGCUGACGUUGGCCUCCGAGUGCCGCGUGCUCAGGAGCACCACGUUCCUGUUUUUCUUCCUCGGGACGUACGACACCAGAGUGGCGGCGGGCGUGAAGGCGAACACGGAGGAGAACGCCGCUCGUCCCUUGACCGCGAGCAGCCGGGGCGGGAGCUCGGGCUUGUUCUUCCGAACCGUGCCGACCACGUUGCUCGUCCACGGUCACUUCGGGCCCCGGGUUGUAGAGGAGCGGCAGCCUCACCGCCCAAGCGUCCCAGACCUCUCGCACGGCCGCCAAUUUGUCGGAGGCGCGUCUCUCGCGUCUCGUCUCGCGGUCGUCGAAUCGCAGCAGUCUGGAGUACGUGUGAAAGACCUUCAGGGGCAUCGUGGCGCGGAAUAUCGCGCGGCCGCUCUCGGCGUCCCACAGGCUGGCGGCUGCCUCGCCCCGGGACCUGUACACGCCCGCCAAGAUCAGCAGCCCCACGUAGGCGCGCAGGUCCGUCGCGUCCAUCCCUUUCCAGCCGUUGCCGUAUUUCCGACGACCCUCCAGAUUAGUCAUCACCAGGACGAUGUUCUCUACCGUCGGCGUGACGAACAGGCCGAACGUCGAGACCGCGUCGCUGACGCCGGACGUCGCAUGCGUCGUGGGACCCGGGUAAGGGACCCCGACGGGCAGAGCGGAGGACGCUGUCCCAUCACCAUCAUUGCUUGGACGGGAUCUUCCAAAACCAUGCUCCACUUCCAACUCAGCACCACACUGUUGCUGGCAACAAUAUGUUUGUUCCAGACAACAGUCUCCAUAGAGACAGUCAUCACCUGUGACAAUGGCAGAAAUGUCCAACGCUUGAGCUGUGAUACUGGAGUGGUCCGUGUGGACGCAGCCCUGUACGGACGUUCAAACAGGGAGACCUGCAGUGCGGGCCGACCUCCACAACAACUUGCCAAUACAAGCUGUUCUCAAAUGGGCACUGUGACUGUCUUGAAGAAUAGGUGUGAUGGCAAGAAGGUGUGUGAGAUAAACACAAAUAUCGUCCGUACCUCUAAUCCCUGCCCUGGAAUCCACAAAUAUCUGGAGACCAGCUACACCUGUGUCCCAGCAAUUCGUGUUGUUGCAUGUGAGGGGUCCUCAGCACAUUUGUUCUGUGAUGUUGGGCAGGUGAUAUUGGUGAUAGGAGCUGACUACGGACGCCAUGACCAGACUACCUGCUCCUACAAACGGACUGAAUCUCAAUUUAGGAAUGUGGACUGCUCCGGGCCCACUAGCAAGGUUGCUGAAAGCUGUAAUGGGAAAAACAGCUGUACUGUCCAUGCAAGCAACAGAGUGCAUGGAGACACAUGUGGAGGCACUUACAAGUACCUGGGGGUGGCUUACCUGUGUGAAUAUCCUGUGCAGACUCCUUACAUGUAA